CCCCGUUUUUGGCCCCCCCAGACCACCCUGGGCCCCCUGUUCCGCAAUUCCCGCAUGGUUCAGUUCCAUUUCACCAACAAGGACCUGGAGUCGCUCAAGGGGCUCUACAGGAUCAUGGGCAACGGCUUCGCAGGCUGCGUGCACUUCCCACACACGGCCCCGUGCGAGGUGCGGGUUUUGAUGCUGCUCUACUCGUCCAAAAAGAAAAUUUUCAUGGGCUUGAUCCCGAACGACCAGAGCGGCUUCGUCAACGGCAUCCGCCAGGUCAUCACCAACCACAAGCAAGUGCAGCAGCACAAGAUGGACCAGCAGCGUGGGCUGGGGGGCUCAGCCCCUGUUCCUGGGGCUCCCCCAUUCCUGCCCAAGCAGCCGGGGACCCUCCCCGUGACCUCGGGGGUGCAGCCACAGGUGAGCCCAGGCCUGGCGCAGGUCGGGAUCAUGGAGGAGCAGCAGCGGCAGCAGAGCCUGGUCUGGGGGGCUCAGCCCCUGCUGCCCCCUCCCCACCAGGCCCUGGGGGCGGGGGGGGGGCAGCUGCCCCUCCUGCACCCCCCCCCGGGGCAGCCCUGGCCGGGGCAGCUGGGGGGGCCACGAGCUCCAAUCCCAGGGCAGAUGCUGCUGCCCCCCGGCCCGCGGGGUCCCGUCCCCCCGGGGGGGCUCCAGCCCGUGCAGACCCCCAGCGUGAUGGAGGAGGACAUCCUGAUGGACCUCAUCUAAGGGGGACCCCAAAAUUCGGGGUGGGAACCCCAAAAUUUGGGGGUAGGAACCCCAAAAAACCACCCAAAAUAUCCUUAAAAACGUAAAAAUUUCCCCAAAACCACCCCAAAUCAGGGGUCUGCAGGCCCUCAGGUGAUGGAGGAGAACAUCCUGCUGGACCUCAUCUAAGGGGGACCCCAAAAUUCGGGGUGGGAACCCCAAAAUUUGGGGUGGAAACCC